AUUUUUGAUUCUCUUUGCAUAUUGCAAUCCAGUUAUAUUCUUGCCAAGGAAAAAGAGGUUCUUGUUCGGAAGGUGAAAAUUUCAGAGCUGAAAAUUGAUUAAUUGGACUGUUGGGCACCGUGAGAUCGCAGGAGAAGAGGAAUGGGGUAUGUGCUGCGAGUCAGAUUUGCGUCGUUCUUCACGGGCGCCGCAGUAGCUUCCGCCGCGGGUCUCUAUGUUCUCCAGAAGGAUUACAAGAUUGCCCACCAGGGCAUUUCUGAACAGGUGAGUAGUCUUUAUGAAUCUCUGGACCGACGUGUAUCAGCAUUGGAGAAGUUUAAAGAAGUUGAGGCUUCAAAGCCUGUCGAGACUGCUGACUAGAAAUUCUGCUGUACGUUUGUCUUUCUGAGAUGUUGUAGUUCUUUUUUUUUUUUUUUCUUUUUUUUCCUUGGCAUGAGAUUUAGGUUUAGCUCCCUGAAAAAUUGCAACUCCAGCCUUCAAAUGGCAUUCGUGUUCCUUAUAACAGAUGAGAAAACAUGUCCUGUUUUGUCACUGAGCUGCUAAGAAAUGUGGAAUAAAUGGUGAUUUUGCAACUUGGGAUGCUAUAGUAGAAAUAUA